AAUUCAGAUUUCAAAAGAUGUGCGAUGAACUAUAAAAGUAGUUAGUCUAUUUUUCUGUUUAUCAGUUUUAAUUUAGCUGUUAAAAUAAUAGAAUUAACUUUUAUAAUUUGCUUUUAAAAAGAAUAAUAUUAUUGGUUUAUAAUUAGAAACAUGUUGAAAUUGGUUGCCAUAUGUUUGGUAUUUGUGUGUUUAUGUGAAGCUGCCAUUUCCAGUUUACAUCAUGUUGUACCCAAUGAUCCUUAUAGUGUUUUAACCAACGGCAAAUCAUCUACAAGCACACUGGGCAAUUCCAUACCAUCCUUAUCUAAUGCCAUAUCGGACGAAGAUAAAUCAAGUAAGGCCCUAUCAGAAGAAUCUAAUGAAUCUGCUGCAAGUUCAGCUGCUAGUUCUGCUCCAGCACUGGCUACUGCUGCAAGUUCUACUCCAGGCUCUGCUGCAGGUUCAGCCCCAGCAGCUUUAACUAGAAUUAAGCCUUCUUCAGCUAUAAGCAGCAUUACCUCAACAUCUGGUCUCUCAAGAGGUUCUCUCUUAAUCUCUUCGUCAGCACAAGCAACUGCCACUGCAGGCUCUGCCGGCAGUUCACUAAGUUCCUCUUCACCCUUGGCUUCAGCCAGAUCAACAGCAACCAUACAACAUCGUAUUCUACCUGCCGAAUCUAUACCUCUACCCAUUACCAUUUCCACAAGACCUGGUCAACGCACCGUAAUUGCCCCCGAAACUUUAACCAUACAACAGCCAGGCAUAGCAAAAGUUGGUGAAGUUGUACAACAAAUUCCUACCGCCGUAUCGCAUCAACGACAAACUGUGGUUCAUAAUCAUGCUCGAGUUGUUACGCCCAUAGUGGCACCAGCCGUUAGAACUGUUACCUCUCAAAUUGUUCGUGCCUAUCACACACCCCUGGUUUAUGCUCCUCAUGUUGUGGAAAACUGAGAUUCAGACAGACUCACUCAGAAUGACUUUGAAUUUAUAUUUUUAUAACAAAUGAUGUAUAAUCCCAAAAUUAUAGGUUUGGUUGAGUAAAAGCAAGGAAAUGUUUAAUAUUUUGGUUGCAAAAUUUUUGUUUGAAAUAAAAAAAAUAUGAACAAAACCUGCUGGACUUUUAAUUU